GAGAGGAGGGAGAGAGAGAGAGAAAGAAAGAGGUGUAGCUCCUGUGGGAGGGGCUUUAUAACGGGGAAGGACACAGAGUGAUAUGUCUUCCUCUCCUCUGCGAUCGCUCCUCCGAAAGUGCGACGGAUCUAAAUCUGCUAAUUCUGUCGGAACAGCAGGAUGUCUCGAGAACAGCAAGCAGUGGACCUUGCCAGGAAAGCCUUUGAAACAGGCAGGUCCAAAUCCCUGGAGUACCGGAUCCGCCAGCUGAAGAACCUACAGAGUUUAUUGACCGAAAGACAGAAAGAUAUUUCGGAGGCUGUUCAGAAAGACCUCAAAAAGAGUGACAUUGGCAUCAGGCUGUAUGAGGUUAUGGGUUUGGAAGGAGAAAUCAAUCUGGUCAUCAAAAAGCUGAAGGACUGGGCCGCCCCUCGGCCAGUGGAGAAGAACCUGCUGACCCUCUCAGACACUGUCUACAUCCAGCCACAGCCACUCGGUGUAGUGCUGAUCAUCGGGGCCUGGAAUUACCCCUGGGCUGUCACCAUACAUCCACUAAUUGGCGCCAUUGCUGCUGGUAAUGCUGCUGUGGUGAAGCCCUCUGAGGUGUGUGUGCACACUGCAAAGCUCAUGGAAGAGCUGCUGACCAUUUACCUUGACAAGGAGCUUUACCCCGUCGUAACUGGAGGAGUGACAGAGACACAGGAGCUGCUUCGCCACAAGUUUGAUCAUAUCUUCUACACCGGCAACAGCAUGGUCGGCAAGUUGAUCAUGGAGGCUGCUGCCAAACAUCUGACACCAGUCACUCUGGAACUGGGCGGCAAGAGCCCCUGCUACAUCGACAAAAACUGUGAUUUAAGUGUUGCUUGCAGGCGUGUCACCUGGGGGAAGUACACUAACUGUGGUCAGACCUGCAUUGCUCCAGACUACAUCCUGUGUGAGCCCAGCAUCCAGGACCAGGUCAUCAAAGAGGUCAAGAAGUCAAUCGAGGAAUUCUACACAGACAACCCAAAAUCCUGCCCAGACUAUGGCCGCAUCAUCAACCAGCGCCACUUCAACAGGAUCAUGGCUAUGUUGGAGGGUAGCACCGUGGCCAUAGGAGGAGACAAUGAUGAAUCUGAUUGCUACAUAGCUCCUACUGUUCUGCGGGAUGUGAAGCCCGACGCAAAGGUGAUGCAGGAUGAAAUAUUUGGACCUCUUCUUCCAAUUGUUCCAGUCAAUGGACUGGAUGAUGCAAUCAAGUUUAUCAACAAAAGGGAGAAGCCUUUGGCCCUGUACGUCUUCACCCCAGACAACAAGGUAAUAAACAAAAUGAGAGAUGAGACCUCCAGUGGAGGACUGCUAGCCAACGAUUGCCUUGUGCACUAUUCAGUCACCUCUUUGCCUUUCGGUGGAGUCGGAAACAGUGGUAUGGGUUGCUACCGUGGCAAGUUCAGCUUUGACCAGCUUAGCCACCUCCGUGGUUGUCUCAUCAAACAGCUGAAGAUGGAGUCUAUGAACAGUAUGCGCUACCCGCCGCACACGCCCAAGAAACUGAGCAGGGCACAGUUCUUCUUCCAGAAGAACCCAGACCUGCAGUGGAUGGGGCGGAUGACCCUCUAUGCUAUUCUUUCUGUCGUAGCGGCUGUUGUAUUAAAGAUUUAUUUCCUGUGAAGAUAUCAGUUACUUCCCAAACAACGCAGUUGCGUCCUUGAUCGCUAAGACCCAAGAGGAGAAAAGGCCACAAAACAAAAAUACAGUGUGGAUUCAGACGCCUCUUCAGAGACAAAUCAGUAUCUACUAAAGGCAUAGUUUUACCAGACUUAGAGCACAGCAUGUUUUAGAUGUAUGUAGAAAGUUGAUAACACUAUCAGAACUUUAUCUAGCUUGCAGAUGAGCAGCUCAUUUUAAUGAAGUAAUGAUUUAUUCACAUGUACGGCUCUGACAUUUGGGUUCGGUAUUACAAUUUAACACUUCUGAGAUGUACACUUAAAAGAACAUGUUUUUAAUCAUACUUCUCUAAAUAUAAAAGUUAGAAAAUUUUAAAACAUAUAAAGCUAGUCCAUUUUUGCAUUUCAGACAUGUUGCUCGGACUAUGAGCAAUAUUUUCAGCACUAAACACAACUAACCUGCAGCAUCUGGUCCGUUACAUUUCACUGUUGAGUCGUUAAUUCUGUUUAUCCUGAUGUUUUUUUGUUUGUUUGUUUUUUCUGUAAGAGAGUACAUAAAGGUUUAUUUGUCUCUGCUUGUUUGGCCCAGUGGUGGCAGCAGUGAAAAAUAAAUGAUGUCCUGUUUCUCACUAGUUGUUCAGAAUAUUUCAGCUGGAAGGAAAAAAGCCUGAAAAGAUAUUUUCAUUUCAUUUUUUUUUUUUUUUUUAAAUCAAAUGUCUGGAACAAAUGAAAGCAAUCAUGUGAAUAAUGUAGCAAUGUUUAAACUGUAAUGCAUAAUGUUUUUAUCAGAUUUGAGAUUUUAUGGUUUGUAAUUAAUGUUUGUAUUAAAAACUAUAUUUCUGUAUUGAUUAAUCUACAAAUAAAUAUAGUUUAUUUGUA